AAGUCGAAUCACAUAAGAUAGUGGAACGAAGUCUAUAUGAAUCGACUAGUUGCAACAUUCUCAGUCUUUGACUCUCUCUUAACUCUCACCGUCUAAUUCCCAGCUAGGUUUCUUUUCUCCGGCGAAUCGGAGCUCUCUCUCUCUCUCAAUUCCCCUCUUUUUCGUUUCUCAGCUAUGGUUUCCAGGUAGCGCUUCCGCUGAUUGCAACCGUUCGGCGGCAGCUAUGGCUAUGGGACUCACUCGUCUUGUUGCUAUUGCUUUUGCUCUUCUUCUAGUUUCAAUCCUUCCUCUUCAUGUCUCUCUCGCUGGUGAGAUAACAUCUAUUGAAUCUGUUCCCGACCUUCAGAAGCUGAUGUACGUUGCUGUUGAUGGGUAUCCUUGUGUACGCCUUCUCAAUCUUUCUGGAGAGAUUGGCUGUUCAAAUCCUGGAUUGAAUAAAGUGGUAGCUCCAAUCAUAAAAUUAAAGGACAUUAAAGAUUCAGAUCAGCAACACACUAUUUUGGUGACAGCUGAUGAAAUGGAAGAUUUCUUUACCAGGGUGUCGAGUGAUGUGAGCUUUGCUAGCAAAAUUGGUGGUGUUCUAGUUGAAUCAGGAUCUAGUUUCCAACACAAGUUAACAGGCUUUUCUCCUGAUAAAAAGUUUCCUCAAGCGCAGUUUUCACCCUAUGAAAACGUUGACUACAAAUGGAAUUCAGCUGCAUCAAGCAUAAUGUGGAAAAAUUAUAACUUUCCUGUGUAUUUAUUGUCAGAAAGUGGCAUAUCAGCUGUGCAGGAGAUCCUUUCCAAGAAGAAGAUGAAGCAUGAAACAUACACCACUGAUGUUGCUGAAUUCAAUAUGGUUAUGGAGACUACUAAAGCUGGAACACACAAUUCGGAGGCUUGUUUGCAGGAAGGAACCUGUCUCCCAUUGGGCGGAUAUAGCGUUUGGUCCUCGCUUCCACCAAUCAGCGUUUCUUCUUCCAACAAGCGCAAACCAAUUGUGCUAACUGUGGCCUCCAUGGACUCUGCAUCAUUUUUCCGUGACAAAAGUUUUGGUGCAGAUUCACCAAUAUCUGGUCUGGUGGCUCUUCUGGGAGCAGUUGAUGCUCUUUCUCGAGUUGAUGGUUUUGAUAAUCUGAAAAAGCAGCUUGUGUUUUUGGUUCUGACUGGAGAGACGUGGGGUUACCUUGGAAGCAGGAGGUUCUUACACGAAUUAGAUCUGCAUUCAGAUGCUGUUGCAGGCCUUACUGAUACUUCGAUUGAAACGGUGCUUGAAUUAGGAUCUGUUGGGAAAGGUUUAAGUGGAGGGGUGAACACCUUCUUUGCUCAUAAAACUAGGGUUUCUUCAGUUACAAAUAUGACAGUGGAUGCUUUAAAGAUAGCUCAGGAUUCACUUGCAUCAAUGAAAAUAAAAAUUCUUUCAGCUGAUAGUGCAAACCCUGGAAUACCCCCAUCCUCUUUGAUGGCUUUCAUGAAAAAGAACCCUCAGACUUCAGCUGUUGUACUUGAAGACUUUGAUACCAAAUUUGUGAAUAAGUUCUAUCAUAGUCACCUCGAUGACUUGUCAAAUAUCAACUCCUCGUCUGUAGUAGCUGCUGCUUCUGUUGUGGCUCGCACACUUUACAUCCUUGCAAGUGACAACAAAGAUACAAGCAAUUCAGCUCUGGGAUCCAUUCAUGUCAAUGCUUCUUUUGUUGAAGAGCUCCUAACCUGUCUGUUAGCUUGUGAACCAGGAUUAUCUUGCAACUUGGUAAAAGACUAUAUUUCACCAACAAACACUUGCCCAGGCAACUAUGCUGGCGUCAUCCUCGGAGAACCUUCCUCCAAACCCUACCUUGGUUACGUUGGUGAUGUCUCUAGAUUCCUGUGGAACUUUCUGGCGGAUAAAACUUCUGUCCAAAAAGGAAACACAACCUCAGUUUGUUCAAAAGGAGUCUGUAGCAAAAGCGACGAAGUGUGCAUUAAAGCUGAGAGCAACAAGGAGGGAGCAUGUGUUGUCUCCACAACUAGGUAUGUUCCAGCUUAUUCAACCCGAUUGAAGUAUAAUGAUGGAGCUUGGACAAUUCUCCCCCAGAACUCAUCGGAUUCUAUGGGGAUGGUUGAUCCAGUGUGGACCGAAAGCAACUGGGACACUAUAAGGGUACGUGUGUACACAGUCCAGCACUCAGCAUACGACAAUGCAGUCCUUGUUGCAGGUAUUACAGUCACAACAUUGGCUUACAUCGGGAUUAUGGCUACAAAGUCACUCAUCACAAAAGCAUUGAAGCAGGACUGAGACUUGUAUUUAAUUCCCUCUCCUCUCAGCCCAAAAAUUUACUUGUCAGUUUCAACAAGACAUUUUGCCUAACCAGCAACACCAAUAUUGUGGUGGUAGAAACCUUUUUUCUCAACCAAGAUUAUUAAAAAGAAAAAGAAAGCGUCUUUAUAAGCUAAUUCAGUUCUUAUUCCAGAA